AUGGACCAGCCGGGUCCAUCGUCUUCGAACCAAGAUCCUCGCUUUGAUUUCAUUGGCUCUUAUGCUGUGAAAUCUUUGAAGCUCAAGCCAGAAAAAUGGAUGAGAUUAGUAAGCGUAGAGGAACACAGGUCCAUUUUAAAAGAAUUCGUAGACAAGCCAUUUCCAAUGCUUCUAUUGAUAAUAUUGACGCACGCAGCGCAGUUGGUUCCUGUUAUAUCUUUUCCAUGUUAUUUAAAGAACAAAGCUGUAUAUUAUAUAAAAAAGAAGGCCGAUGUCGUUCCUAAAGAGAACUGCGCUGAUAUGAUUAUUUUUGGUGACUUGGCACCAAAGUUAAUUGAUGAAUUAGCGUCUUUGGUUGAUGAAGUAUUUGUUCCUCUUUUGUCAAAUCCAUUAAAUCACGAAGGAUGGCCGUUGGUGGUUUCACAAGAUAUUCUAAAGCAAAUACAUAACCUUAAGAGCACGGUUUACGAGGUUAAAGGCAAAGUCAAUGGACAGACAGUUCUUCCGAUGCCUGUGGGCGUAGAGUUGGUUCACGAUGCGGAGAAGGAAAUGUUAAAGGGAAAGGAAGUUGAUUUAUAUUUGAAGAGUGCUAUUGAAGGAGUGGUCAUUAAAUGGGCUCAGCAGAUCAAUGACGUCAUGAUGGAGGAUUCAUCGCAAGCUUUUGAGAACGGACAAAACCCACUGCCUAAUGUCGAGCUCGCGUUUUGGAGAUCUAGAUUAAACAACUUAAAUUAUAUAUACGAUCAACUACGUACAGAAAGGGUUCGAUGUAUGGCUGUUAUACUUGAAAAAACUACGUCGGCUUAUUAUCCAUGUUUUAGUCGCCUAUUCAAAAAUAUCGUAUCAGCACUGGCAGAAGCUCGUGAAAUCGAUUUGUAUCUUAGAACAUUAGAGAAGCAUUUUCAAGCAUUUGAAGAUACUGAUUUUACCGAGUGUCAGCCACUGUUUCGACCAUUGUUUCACGUCAUUUGUAUGAUAUGGAGGGAUUCUAAAUAUUAUUGCAGUUCUUCGAAGCUAAUGGUUCUUAUAAAACAGAUUUGUAAUCUUUUAAUUUAUCAGGCAAAGAAAUGCUUAGACCCCAGUACACUGUUUCAUAGUGACAUUGAUGAAGCCGGACAACGUAUUCAAGUUACAAUAAAUAUUCUAAAAAAGUUUAGACAAACCUUUGAUUAUUUCAAAGAAAAUUUACCAAAGUAUUUCGUUGACCGAACUGUAAUACCCUGGACUUUCCACCCAAAUGUUGUAUUUGAACGGAUGAAUAAUUUUCUUGAACGUUUAAAUACAAUUCAGUGGUUUUUUAAAACAGUUUUAGAAUUCCAAAAACUAGAGAAAAUAGAAAUAGGUGGCAUGAAAGGCCGUGUGUUAAGUGGACAAAUUAGAGAAAUUUCAGCUGAAUUUGAUGCUUAUUUUCAUGGAUUUGCAUCAAAGUCUUACGACGUUUUAGAUCCAGAUGAUGAAACAUUUAAUGCAGACUUUAAAGAAUUUCAAGAUAACAUUGUUGAUUUGGAUCUAAAACUAUCCACAGUAUUGGUUGAAUCCUUUGACAAUUGUUCCACUUUGGAGGCUAUUUUUAAGGAACUUUUUACGGAGCAGUUAAACAGACACCAGAAAUAUGGACACAUGGAAGUUGACGCAUUCAUGCCUCCCAUAGCCGGGGGUCUCCUGUUCAUGAAUAUGCUGGCUACAAGGAUAACCAAGCCUAUAGCCAGCUUUCGCAAUUUGCCGCACCCGAUAAAGGGUGCGGAAGAGGCUGUUAAAUUAUUUACGAGAUACGAAAAACUCAUUGAAAAUAUUAAUGAAUUUAAAAAGAAGUAUUUUAAUGACUGGGCUGUUACUGUUCCUAAAAUUAUUAAGGAAAACACAAACAAACCGAUUCUGGCACGACAAGGAUCAGAUUUAGUACUGAAUUUUAGCCCAACACUUUUAAAUCUUAUGAAAGAAGUUCGUCAUAUGAGAAACAACAAUGAUGUGCAGAAUAUAUUGCCUAAGGAAAGUGUUGAGUUAUUUGAUAAACAAGAAACUUAUCGUCAAUAUAGGAUUAACCUAGGAAUAACUAUUGAUUGGUAUAAUCAGAUUAGAAAAGAUAGUCAGAAGGUUGAAUUUGAUUUGGUUGAAGAUGAAAUAAAAGCAAUUGAUCAAAGGAUUGAUAUGGCACAAAAUAAACUUAAUUGGAAUUCUCAAGAUUUAUGGAGCUAUCUUGAAGAACUACAUAAAUUAGUCGGAAACUUAUACCAGCGUAUGUCAAAAAUACAAGAUAAUCUCAAAGAAAUGAAAAUGGCUAUGAAAGGGUGGGCUACGCAACCAUUGUUUGAAAGAAAGGAAGAGAAAAAGGAUACGCUUUUAAAUUUAGACGAUCGUAAAGAAAAAAUUCAUAAACGCUAUAAAGAUAUUAAAACGACAGUCGAUCGAAUUGAAACAUUACUUAAUGAAAACAUGGUGCUUUUUAACAUGCAAGAUAACCAACAGAGCGAAAUUUGGCUAGCGUAUGUUUCCUUUAUUGACUCCUUGUUUGAAGAAUCAUUGUUAAAAUCGAUUGCUUGUAGUCUAGGUUACAUAUCUGAACAUAUGAAUCCAAACAACAAGCUAGCACCUUUAUUUGAAGCGCAGUUGGAAUUGUUAGAACCAGACAUGGUUUUUGCCCCAAGUUUAAAUUUGGAUGAUGAGAAAGGUUUUAUGGCUUUGAUAAAUGACCUUAUAAAUGAUAUUUUGAAAAUGGCUUCCCUGGUAAAAAGAAUAGAUCCCAAGAAACUGGAGACUUAUGAAGAUGAUAUUGUGGAGAAUACUGACAUCAUUGAUAUGAAAGACGAUAUACUCAAUAGAAUAGAGCGGGUCAUAGAAGAGGCUAACGAUUUUUGUAAAACUUUUGAAAACUACUCGUAUUUAUGGCUCGAAGAAAGGGACGCGGUUAUGGAAAUAUUUUUGACAUAUGGACGUAUAUUGACACCAGAUGAAAUCGAUAAAAUUGGUUCUGAAGAUAAAGAUGUUCAAGUGCCUGUUCCGUGUCCUCCUAAAAUGGAAGCUUUCAGAGAGCAAAUCGACCAAUAUGAGAAUCUUUUUUUGGAUAUUGAAGAUAUGGAGUCAUAUAAAGUGUUUAAUUCAUGGUUUCAGGUGGAUAUAAGGCCAUUCAGGCAAGCUUUACUAAACACUGUGAGAAAAUGGGGCAAUAUGUAUAAAGAGCACUUAGUGAACAAUGUAAUUUCUAGUCUAAGUGACCUUGGAAAUUUUAUUAGACAGGCAGAUGAAGGUUUACUACAACCCGUACCAGAAGGCAAUUACGAAGCGUUAGUUACAGUAAUGGGAUAUUUGAUGCAUGUUAAAGAUAGAACAACAACAACAGAUGAAAUGUUCCAACCUUUAACCGAAACAAUAGAAUUGCUUAAAUUUUAUGAUAUGGAUAUACCCGAAGAAGUCAACGUUCUUUUACAAGAACUACCCGAACAAUGGCAGGCGACUAAAAAAUUGGCUCUAACUGUGAAACAACAAUUAGCACCACUGCAAGCUGCUGAAGUAGCAUGUAUCAGAAAAAAGAUAACCAUGUUUGAUGUACACAUCACUUACUAUCGAGAAGUUUUUAAAAGAUAUAAUUUUUUCAAAUACGAUUGUGUUGAUCCCUACGUUGUGAUGUCGAGAGUUGAUAAUGAAGUUUUUCAUUUAGAAGAUGAGAUGAAAAAUAUCCAAGAGUCAGGAUCUUUAUUUGAAGUCAACGUUCCUGAAUUUAAGCUUUUAAAACAAUGUCGAAAAGAAUUACGUAUGUUGAAGCAACUUUGGGACUACGUACACAUAGUGCGUACAAGUAUCGAAGAUUGGAAAACAACUCCAUGGCGCAAAAUAGAUGUCGAAAAUAUGGAUAUAGAAUGCAAAAAGUUUGCUAAAGAAAUAAGAUUAUUAGAUAAAGAAAUGAGGAGAAUUGUUAUGGAUGAAAAUACUACGCUAGCAGAUUUGCUUGCCUUAAAUUUGCAUGAAUGUGAAGAGGAGGUUAAAAAUAUAGUUGAUAAAGCUGUGAAAGAAAUGUCAAUGGAGAAAAUAUUAAAAGAUCUCAAUGCAACUUGGAGCGGAAUGGAAUUCGAGCAAGAAGUGCAUACACGAACUGGUUGUAUUUUGUUAAGAGCCAGUGAAGAACUGAUUGAAACUCUAGAAGAGAACCAGGUUCAACUUCAAAAUCUCAUUACUUCAAAAUUUAUUGCUCAUUUUCUGGAAGAAGUAUCGAGUUGGCAACAAAGGCUAUCAAUAGCUGAUCAAGUAAUAACGGUAUGGUUUGAAGUACAAAGAACUUGGUCGCAUUUAGAAAGUAUUUUUAUGAGCUCUGAAGAUAUAAGAAAACAACUACCAGAAGAUUCAGCCAGAUUUGAUAGAAUAGAUGCAGAGUUUAAGAGUUUAUCAAAAGAAAUGUCUAAAACACCCAAUGUUGUGAAAGGAACAAAUAAAGAAGGUUUAGUUGAGAAGCUUGAUAGCUUACAAAAAGAUCUAAUAAUCUGUGAAAAAGCGUUAGCUGAAUAUCUGGAGACAAAGAGAUUAGCAUUUCCAAGAUUUUAUUUUGUUUCAUCGGCCGAUUUAUUGGACAUUUUAUCAAACGGGAAUCAAGCUGAAUUAGUGAUCAGACAUUUAACUAAGCUUUUUGAUUCCAUUGCAAAACUUAAAUUUAUCGAAAAUGAUAAGCCUGCAGAAAAAGCAGCAGCGGGGAUGAUUGCUAAAGACGGUGAAUAUGUUAAGUUUCAUGGAGGUUGUGAUUGUACAGGACCCGUUGAGAUUUGGUUAAAUCGACUUCAAGCCAUUAUGAGGUCAACCAUUCGUCAAUAUUUUGGAGAAGCAAUUGUUUCAUAUGAAGAGAAACCUCGCGAGCAAUGGCUCUUUGAUUACAUGGCACAAGUAUCAUUAUGUUGUUCACAAAUCUGGUGGACUACAGAAGUGAAUAUGGCUUUUUCGAGACUGGAGGAAGGAUACGAUAAUGCUCUCAAAGAUUAUUACAAAAAACAAUUGGCUCAACUGAGUACCCUAAUCACUUUACUUAUAGGCGAAUUAAGCAAGCAGGAUCGUCAAAAAAUUAUGACAAUUUGCACUAUAGAUGUUCAUUCAAGAGAUGUAGUAAGUAAACUCAUUCAAGGAAAGAUAGAGGCAGGCUCAGCGUUUCAAUGGCAAUCUCAACUACGACACAGAUGGGACGAAAAAGAAUCUCAUUGUUUCGCAAAUAUUUGUGACGCUCAGUUUAAAUAUAGUUACGAAUAUUUAGGAAACACUCCAAGAUUGGUCAUAACACCACUGACCGAUCGAUGUUACAUAACUUUAACCCAGUCAUUACAUUUAAUUAUGGGUGGUGGUCCUGCGGGACCAGCUGGUACAGGGAAAACAGAAACAACUAAAGACUUAGGUAGAGCUCUUGGCAUUAUGGUUUAUGUCUUUAAUUGUUCAGAACAGAUGGACUAUCAGUCUUGUGGUAAUAUUUAUAAAGGUUUAGCACAAACUGGGGCUUGGGGAUGUUUUGACGAAUUUAAUAGAAUUUCUGUAGAGGUGCUAUCCGUAGUUGCUGUUCAAGUUAAAUCUGUUCAAGAUGCUAUAAGAGAUAAGAAGAAAAACUUUAAUUUCAUGGGAGAAAUGAUAGUAUUAGUCCCUACUGUCGGUAUUUUUAUUACCAUGAAUCCUGGCUAUGCUGGUAGGACGGAGUUGCCAGAAAACCUGAAAGCUUUGUUUAGACCAUGCGCGAUGGUAGUGCCUGAUUUCGAACUAAUUUGCGAAAUAAUGUUAGUAGCGGAAGGUUUUCAAGAUGCUAAAAUACUCGCUAGGAAGUUUAUUACCCUUUAUACCUUAUGCAAAGAGUUACUUUCUAAGCAAGAUCAUUAUGAUUGGGGAUUGCGAGCUAUCAAAUCCGUACUAGUAGUGGCUGGUUCCUUAAAGAGAGGUGAUCCUGGAAGACCAGAAGAAGAAGUUUUAAUGAGGACCCUUCGUGAUUUCAAUAUCCCCAAAAUAGUAACAGAUGAUAUGCCCGUUUUUAUGGGUUUAAUUGGGGAUUUAUUUCCUGCUCUUGAAGUACCAAGAAAGCGUGACCUAGAGUUUGAAAGAACCGUAAAACAAGCAGCAAUGGAUUUAAUGUUACAACCUGAAGAUAAUUUUAUACUUAAAGUUGUACAAUUAGAAGAACUAUUAGAAGUUCGUCAUUCUGUUUUUAUUGUUGGUAACGCUGGUACUGGAAAAACUCAAGUUUGGAAAACUCUCUUUAAAACCUAUCAAAAUUUAAAGAAGAAACCUAUCUACAACGAUCUAAAUCCAAAAGCUGUUAGUAACGACGACUUAUUUGGAAUUAUAAAUCCGGCAACGAGAGAAUGGAAAGAUGGCUUGUUUUCAGUAAUUAUGAGAGACCAAGCAAAUCUUGUAGGAGAAAAUCCUAAAUGGAUCGUUUUAGAUGGAGACAUAGACCCUAUGUGGAUAGAAUCAUUAAAUACUGUGAUGGAUGAUAACAAAAUUUUAACGUUAGCCAGUAAUGAAAGAAUUGCAUUGACUCCGAGCAUGAGACUUAUGUUUGAAAUUUCGAACCUCCGAACAGCUACUCCAGCAACAGUUUCAAGAGCUGGAAUUUUGUACAUUAAUCCACAAGAUCUAGGCUGGAAUCCAUAUGUUACCAGUUGGAUCGAAACAAGAAAAAUUCCAGCCGAAAAGUCGAAUUUAGUCAUACUCUUUGAUAAAUAUAUCCCAGCUUGUUUAGAAACUGUGAGAAAUCGGUUUAAGAAAAUAACCCCAAUUGCUGAUAUGGCGCAUGUUCAAAUGCUGUGCCAUUUACUUAACUGUUUACUAGUACCAGAAAACACACCAGCGGACUGUCCGAAAGAAUGGCACGAUAUUUUCUUUGUGUUUGCUUGUGUGUGGGCAUUUGGUUCUGCUAUGUUUCAAGAUACUAAUGUGGAUUAUAGGAUCGAAUUUACCAAAUGGUGGGUUAACGAGUUUAAAACUAUUAAAUUUCCACAAGGAGGCACUGUUUUCGAUUAUUAUAUUGACUCCGAAACAAAACAGUUUACACCUUGGACAGAGAAGAUUACGAAGUUUGAAUUGGACUCGGAUAUACCAUUACAGGCUGUACUUGUGCCUACAGCAGAAACUGUAAGAAUUAGGUAUUUCUUGGACUUACUGAUGAAAAAUAAGCACCCAGUUAUGUUGGUUGGGGGUGCUGGCUGUGGUAAAACAGUUUUGGUCAGCGAAAAGUUGCAGAGCCUGCCAGAAUCAUAUGCCGUGCAAUCUGUUCCAUUCAAUUUCUAUACUUCAUCAGAAAUGCUACAAAAGGUUUUAGAAAAACCUUUAGAGAAAAAAGCCGGUCGAAACUAUGGUCCGCCUGGAAACAAGACUCUCAUAUACUUUAUAGAUGAUAUGAAUAUGCCCGAAGUAGAUUCUUAUGGCACCGUCCAACCACAUACAAUAAUAAGACAACAUUUAGAUUACAAUCAUUGGUACGAUCGAACUAAGCUAACCCUUAAAGAUAUUCACAAUACCCAAUACGUGUCAUCAAAUGUUGUAACAGCGUCUAUAGCUUUGCAUAAUAAGGUGUCUCAAAUAUUUUUACCGACUGCCAUUAAGUUCCACUACAUAUUUAAUUUACGAGAUUUGUCGAACAUCUUCCAGGGAUUCUUAUUUAGUACUAAUGAAUGUCUGGUUAAUCCUUCUGAUUUAAUUCGAUUAUGGAUGCAUGAAACACAUAGAGUAUAUGGCGAUAAACUCACCGAAGAUAAAGAUAUCGAUGCUUUUCUAAAAAUGCAGGUUGAUAUAUGUAAGAAAAAUUUCGAGGAUAUCGACGAGGGUGUAGUUUUUGAACGUCCUAACAUCUACUGUCAUUUUGCUGGUGGGAUUGGUGAGCCUAAAUAUAUGCCUAUUACGUCUUGGGAUCAACUCAAUAAACUUCUGACAGAAGCUAUGGCCAGUUACAACGAUCUCAUAGCUGCUAUGAAUUUAGUACUAUUUGAAGAUGCAAUGAUGCAUAUUUGCAGAAUAAGUCGAAUUCUCGAAAGUCCACGGGGAAGUGCAUUGCUAGUUGGUGUUGGAGGAUCUGGUAAGCAGUCACUGUCACGGCUUGCUGCAUUUAUAUCCAGCUUAGAAGUGCUGCAAAUACAACUGAAGAAGGGAUAUGGGGUUUCAGAUCUUAAGCAUGAAUUGUCAGGUUUAUAUAUCAAAACGGGUCUGAAAAACGUUGGUAUUAUGUUUCUGAUGACUGAUGCCCAGGUGGCCAACGAACAGUUUCUGGUGUUGAUUAAUGAUUUAUUGGCGUCGGGUGAAGUGGCUGAUCUUUUUCCUGAUGAUGAAAUCGAAAAUAUAAUUGGCGGUGUUAGAAAUGAGGUAAAAGGCGCAGGCUUACCUGAUACCCGCGAGAUAUGCUGGAAGUUUUUUAUUGAUAGAGUUCGUAAACAAUUAAAAGUUGUGUUGUGUUUUUCACCUGUUGGUUCAACGUUGAGAGUUAGAUCUAGAAAAUUUCCAGCUUUGAUCAACUGUACUUCAAUUAAUUGGUUCCAUGAAUGGCCUCAAGAGGCUUUAGUAUCAGUGUCCGUUAAAUUCUUGGAAGGACUUCACGUUUUACCGAUAACGUUACGAGAUUCUGUAUCAAGAUUUAUGGCAUAUGUUCAUACUUCAGUGAAUUCAAUAUCUAAAGCGUACUUGGCAAAUGAAAGAAGAUAUAAUUAUACAACACCAAAAAGCUAUUUAGAACAAAUUAGUUUAUAUGCAAAACUUGUUAAUCAAAAAACUGAUGAACUUCAAGCCAAGAUUUCGAGGUUGGAGAAUGGUUUGGAAAAGUUGCGUAGCACAGCGUGUCAAGUAGACGAGUUAAAAGCAAAAUUGGCAGUACAAGAAAUAGAAUUACAACAAAAGAAUGAGGCUGCUGAUAAACUUAUAGAGAUGGUGGGAAUUGAGACUGCUAAAGUUCAGAGUGAAAAAGCCUUAGCUGAUGAAGAGGAAGAAAAAGUAGCGGUUAUAGCGGAAGAAGUCUCAAAGAAGCAAAAAGACUGUGAAGAAGAUUUGAUAAAAGCAGAACCUGCGCUUGUUGCUGCACAAGAAGCAUUAAAUACUUUAAAUAAGGCCAAUCUUACAGAACUUAAAUCAUUUGGCUCACCUCCUGGUGCUGUUACAAAUGUCACUGCUGCUGUUAUGGUUUUACUAGCUCCUGGUGGUAAAAUACCCAAAGAUAGAAGUUGGAAAAAUGCUAAGAUGAUGAUGGCUAAAGUAGAUGUAUUUUUGGAAUCUCUUGUUCAUUACGACAAAGAAAAUAUACAUCCAGACGUCAUAAAAGCCAUUCAGCCAUAUUUAAAAGAUUCGGAAUUCGAACCGGAAUUUGUGAGAUCUAAAUCAGCUGCAGCUGCUGGACUUUGUGCUUGGGUCAUUAACAUCAUUAAAUUUUACGAAGUAUUUUGUGAUGUAGAACCUAAACGAAAAGCUUUAGCAGCAGCUAACGCUGAGUUAGCAGCUGCUACUGAAAAACUAAAAUCAAUUAAGUCUAAAGUCGCGUCGUUAGAAGAGCAGUUAGCUACUCUAACAGCAGACUUUGAAAAAGCAACAUUAGAAAAACUAAAGUGUCAACAGGAGGCAGAUGCAACUAACAGAACUAUUCAGCUUGCAAAUCGAUUAGUAAAUGGACUUGCAAGUGAAAAUGUGCGUUGGGCAGAAUCGGUUUCAAACUACAUGCAACAGAGUACAACGUUACCGGGUGAUGUACUUCUUGUAUGUGCUUUUAUAUCCUAUGUUGGAUGUUUCACGAAGCAAUACAGGCUUGACUUAUUACAUAAAAAUUGGCUUGUUUUUCUAAAGACAUUAGAGCCACCAAUUCCAAUAACUGAAGAUUUAGAUCCUUUGUCAAUGCUAACUGAUGAUACUACUAUAGCGAUGUGGCAAAAUGAGGGCUUGCCUUCGGAUAGAAUGAGCACUGAAAACGCUACAAUACUUUCUAACUCAGACCGUUGGCCUCUCAUGAUUGAUCCUCAGCUUCAGGGGGUUAAGUGGAUCAAACAGAAGUAUGGUGAUAAGUUGCGUGUGAUACGACUUGGACACAAAGGCUACCUUGAUACUAUUGAAAAGGCUAUAAUAAAAGGAGAAACAGUUUUAUUUGAAAACAUAGGAGAAACAGUCGAUCCAGUAUUAGAUCCAUUACUUGGUAGAAACUUAAUUAAAAAGGGAAGAGCAAUAAAAAUAGGCGACAAAGAAGUCGAAUAUAGUCCAAAUUUUAGACUCAUACUCCAUACGAAAUUGGCAAAUCCACAUUAUAAACCAGAAAUGCAAGCCCAAACUACCUUGGUUAAUUUUACUGUAACCAGGGAUGGUUUAGAAGACCAACUAUUAGCUGAAGUAGUGAAAGCUGAAAGACCUGACCUUGAGGAAUUGAAAGCAGAGCUAACAAAACAACAGAAUGAGUUUAAGAUUCAAUUAAAAGAGCUUGAAGAUGACUUAUUAUCCAGAUUGUCAUCAGCUGGUGAAAAUAUUUUGGGUGAUACAGCUUUAGUGGAGAACUUAGAAACAACUAAAAAGACAGCGGCAGAUAUUGAAAAGAAAGUUACAGAAGCUAAAGUCACAUCGUAUCAAAUUGAUCAAGCGCGGGAGUUCUAUCGACCAGCAUCAGCAAGAGCUUCCUUACUUUAUUUCAUACUAAAUGAUUUAAAUACGAUUAAUCCAAUUUAUCAGUUUUCAUUAAAGGCUUUUAGUGUCGUAUUUCAAAAAGCCAUUUCUCGAGCGGAACCAGCUGAUGAAGUUAGUCAACGGGUAAGGAAUCUCAUCGAUUGUAUAAGCUAUUCGGUAUUUCAAUAUACAUCCAGAGGCCUUUUUGAGUGCGAUAAAUUAAUUUUCGCAUCACAGAUGACUUUCCAGGUACUGUUAAUGAGUGAAGAAAUUACACCCGCUGAAUUGGACUUUUUUCUCCGAUUCCCAAUUAAGCCCCACGUAACGAGUCCAGUCGACUUUUUGUCUAAUACAAGUUGGGGUGGAAUAUGUUCACUUGCAAGUAAAGAUGAGUUUCGAAAUCUUGACAGAGAUAUAGAGACUUCACCAAAACGAUGGAAGAAAAUAGUAGAAAUGGAAUGUCCUGAAAGAGAAAAGUUUCCACAGGAAUGGAAGAACAAAACAGCGUUACAGCGAUUGUGUAUGCUUAGAGCAUUGCGACCUGACAGGAUGACUUAUGCAGUGGCCGCAUACAUAGAAGAAAGAAUGGGCUCAAAAUACGUUGAAAAUAGGACAGUACAAUUUAGUAAAUCAUUCGAAGAAACGAGUUCAACAACACCAAUAUUCUUUAUUCUGUCUCCUGGUGUGAACCCCCUCAAGGACGUCGAGGCUUUAGGAAAAGUAAUGGGAUUCUCAAGUGAUAUAGGAAAUUUUCAUAAUGUCUCUUUGGGCCAGGGCCAAGAAAUAGUAGCGGAGCAAGCAAUGGAUGAGGCGAUACAGAAAGGGCACUGGGUUGUUUUACAGAACAUUCAUUUAGUAAAGAAAUGGUUGCCAAGUCUCGAGAAGAAAAUGGAGACGUUCGCUUCAGGUUGUCACAACAAUUUUCGUCUGUUUAUGUCAGCUGAACCAGCAGCCACACCAACUGCCCAUAUAAUACCGCAGGGUAUCCUGGAGUCUAGUAUAAAAAUCACUAAUGAACCACCGACGGGCAUGCAGGCUAACAUUCAUAAAGCUCUAGAUAAUUUCAAUCAAGAAACUCUGGAGAUGUGUGGCAAGGAAGCGGAAUUUAAAGCGAUACUCUUUGCCUUAUGUUACUUUCACGCUGUAGUAGCUGAGAGGAGGAAAUUCGGACCUCAGGGUUGGAACAAAAUAUAUCCAUUCAAUGUUGGUGACCUUACUAUAAGUGUCUUUGUCUUAUACAAUUAUUUAGAAGCUAAUUCUAAAGUUCCUUGGGAGGAUUUAAGAUAUCUUUUCGGUGAAAUAAUGUAUGGAGGACACAUUACAGACGACUGGGAUCGACGUUUGUGUAAUGCUUACUUAGAAGAAUUAAUGCAACCAGAUCUUGUUGACGGAGAAUUGCAACUAGCGCCAGGGUUUCCUGCGCCACCUAACACAGAUUACUCCGGUUAUCACCAGUAUAUAGAAGAUGCUAUGCCCCCGGAAUCACCAUAUCUUUACGGCUUGCAUCCUAAUGCAGAAAUAGGUUUUCUGACUACUACUUCGGAAAAUUUGUUCAGAACUAUUUUUGAAAUGCAGCCAAGAGACGCUCAAGCUUCUGGCGCAACAACAAUUACUAGAGAAGACAAGGUAAAGCAAAUGCUUGAUGAGAUAAUGGAGAAGCUUCCAGAGGAGUUCAACAUGGUAGAAAUUAUGGGUAAAGUGGAGGAACGCACGCCGUAUGUGAUCGUCGCGUUCCAGGAGUGUGAAAGAAUGAACAAUUUAACAGGAGAGAUGAAGCGGUCACUGAAGGAAUUAGACUUAGGACUAAAGGGAGAAUUAACAAUUACAUCCGAUAUGGAAGACUUGGAGAACGCUUUAUUUUUGGACCAGGUACCCGCCAUCUGGGCUAAUAAAGCAUACCCUUCCUUAUUGGGCUUGUCUGCUUGGUUCGUUGAUCUACUUCUUCGCCUUCGGGAAUUAGAAACUUGGGCUACUGAUUUCGUUUUGCCGGCGUCUGUGUGGCUGGCUGGUUUCUUCAAUCCGCAGAGCUUGUUGACUGCAAUUAUGCAAAGCACAGCGCGUCGUUAUGAACUGCCAUUGGAUAAAAUGUGCCUACAGUGUGACGUCACUAAGAAAAUGAAAGAGGAAUUCACGAUUGCUGAUUCCAGGUCAGCUCAACGUGAUGGUGCCUAUGUCCACGGUUUGCUCAUGGAGGGUGCUCGAUGGGAUGUACAAGCAGGCAUUAUUAUGGAUUCAAGGCUUAAAGAAUUGUUUCCGCCAAUGCCUGUUAUUAAUGUCAGGGCGAUAACACAAGACAAACAAGAUUUACGUAACAUGUACGAGUGUCCGGUGUACAAAACACGAACCCGUGGCCCCACGUACGUGUGGACGUUCAAUCUGAAGACCAAGGAUAAGCCCUCAAAGUGGACUUUAGCGGGAGUUGCACUGCUGCUUCAAGUUUAA